CCGAGCGGAACGGCCUCUGGUGACAUUUUCUCCGGGCGGCUCGGACGAGUGAAGGGACUUGGCGGUGGAGGCUGCGGAGGCGGUGAGAUUCGCUUUGGCCCCGGUGGGGCUGUGACCGCGACCCCCUGCUCGCCGCUGGGGCUUGUGCCGAGGAAGAGAAGGCGGCGGUGGCCGUGACGUUCAGAGUCGCCGCGGCCCGGAGAGACCCGGCCCGGGGGCGUCGGUGUGUGCCCCGACGGGGCGCGCGGAGCGGGCGAGGAGGUGCGGGGCCGCCGCGGAGCGCAGGUUGCUUUCCCGUUGCAUCUUUGACGUAGUUUCCUAGACUCUGCUCCAUGAUUUAACUUGAAAGUCUGACAUGAAGAUGGAGGAGGCAGUGGGAAAAGUUGAAGAACUCAUUGAGUCUGAAGUCCCACCAAAAACAUCUGAACAAGAGACAGCUAAGGAGGAAGAUGGAUCUGUAGAACUGGAAUCUCAGGUUCCGAAAGACGGUGUGGUGGAUUCUACAGUUCUUUCUUCAAUGCCCUGCUUGUUGAUGGAACUGAGAAGGGACUCUUCUGAGUCUCAGUUAGCAUCCACGGAGAGUGACAAGCCGACAACUGGCCGAGUUUAUGAGAGUGACUCCUCUAACCACUGCAUGCUUUCCCCUUCCUCUAGUGGUCACCUGGCCGAUUCAGAUACACUGUCUUCUGCAGAGGAGAAUGAACCCUCCCAGGCAGAAACAGCGGUAGAAGGAGACCCUUCCGGAGUGUCUGGUGCCACAGUUGGGCGCAAGUCUCGCCGGUCCCGAUCUGAAAGUGAAACAUCCACCAUGGCUGCCAAGAAAAACCGGCAAUCCAGUGAUAAACAGAAUGGCCGAGUCGCCAAGGUUAAAGGUCAUCGGAGCCAAAAGCACAAGGAGAGAAUCAGGCUACUGAGGCAGAAACGGGAGGCUGCUGCACGAAAGAAAUACAACUUGUUGCAGGACAGUAGUACCAGUGAUAGUGACCUGACUUGUGACUCAAGCACGAGCUCAUCAGAUGAUGAUGAAGAAGUUUCAGGGAGCAGCAAGACAAUCACUGCAGAGAUACCAGAUGGACCUCCAGUUGUAGCUCAUUAUGAUAUGUCUGACACCAGCUCUGAGCCAGAAGUGGUAAAUGUGGACAAUUUAUUGGCGGCUGCAGUAGUUCAAGAGCACAGUAAUUCUGUAGGAGGCCAGGACACAGGAGCUACCUGGAGGACCAGCGGGCUUCUAGAGGAGCUGAAUGCGGAGGCAGGUCAUUUGGAUCCAGGAUUCCUAGCAAGUGACAAAACAUCUGCUGGCAAUGCACCACUCAAUGAAGAAAUUAAUAUUGCUUCUUCAGAUAGUGAAGUGGAGAUUGUGGGAGUUCAGGAACAUGCAAGGUGUGUUCAUCCUCGAGGAGGUGUGAUUCAGAGUGUUUCUUCAUGGAAGCAUGGCUCUGGCACGCAGUAUGUUAGCACCCGGCAAACACAGUCAUGGACUGCUGUGACUCCCCAGCAGACUUGGGCGUCACCUGCAGAAGUUGUUGACCUUACAUUGGAUGAGGAUAGCAGACGUAAAUACCUACUGUAAUGCUAUGUCACUGUGUUUCCUCUGCACUGUUCCCUUCCACUUACUCCUCCUCCUCUUUGUGACAUGGAAGUUCAUUGUCAUAGCUUCAGCUUCAGAAGCUGUUUGUGGCAUUUGUAUAAUUGAAACUCAUGGAAAAUUGCCCCCUUCCUUUUUUUUUUUUUUUUUUUAAAUUAAAAGAAGUCACUUAGGAAAGUAA